AUGUUCCUGUGUUUGUUUAUGAAUGUGGGCUUUAAGCCAUACUCAGGGAUGUCAACGUGGGCUUUAGGCCAUACCCAUUCACAACUCCUACUGGUGAGUUCUAUCGAACAGUUUUCGCCGUCACUCUCUUGCUCAGCAGCGGAGCUUUCUUGCUGCAGUGCAGCGUUGCACAUUCAGCUUUGCGGGGGGAACCAUGGCCACGCAGUCACUGCCAUGAGCAGAUCGCGGAGCAGGUCACGAUGCGACAAGUAUCCCUUCCGGGUUUUGCAGACCCCUGGCAUUUUGAGUCGACUUCGCCAUUCAUUGCUGGACAUAGAGGAAAAGGCUUUGCAAAAGAUGAAGACGAUGAAGUGUGAAGAGACUGAUGAGAUAGGCCUCGCACGAUUGAAAGAAGUGUGGAAAGAGCAGAAGCGCCUGGUGAGAAACGAAGUGAAGCGCGAGCUUUCCGAAAUUUGUUGUGUGCGAAAUGAGAUGUGCGAGCCUGCGGAGAUUGCCAAGGUUUUGAGAUGUUGUAUUCUGGAAGCAAGGACCUCGCAUGGCCGUGAUGUCGAAACACAAAAUCACGACUACAGCUUGCAGAAUCACAAAGACAUGAUUUCAGAUGCUGUCCGGGUCAAGGCCUUUUGGGAAGCCAUUGCUCGAGCUGUGAGCAAAAAGAGUGUUCUUGAUGUCGGCACUGGAGCUUUUUGCUUCUUGAGUCGUAUGGCAUUGGCCGCUGGAGCGCGCGACGUCCAUGCUAUCGAGGUGAACCAAAAUGCUUGGCACCAUGCCGUGGACCUUUUGAGCGCAGAAAUUCGUGGUGAAAGCUGUGCAGAAAUUCGUUGUGUGCAGGAAUUUCCUUUGAUAGGAAUUGGAACGCAAGUGUCCGAAGAAUUGGAAUCCGAGAUCUACAAGGUGACUUUGGCAACUCCGGAAGCCUGUGAUGUGCAAUGCUUGCUGUUGCAUCGAGUAGAUGCUUUCAAGCUGGAAGCUCCACUUCGAACGACUCGACCUGUGAGACCUUCCGAUCCGCUUCGAUCGUUGUCACAGGUCACUCAGCGCACUUCAGUCACUCCGGUCACUCCAAAAACGCCCUAUGACGUGGUGAUCCAUGAGCUGCUGGGCCACAUUGCCAGUUCUGAGGGCGUCUGUGAGACCAUGGCCGCUCUGUGUGCAAGGCCACUGUGCAGCGUAAGGACGCAGUUCAUCCCUCGGGCGGCGGGGACGCUCUUCGCACCCACUGAAGCGCUACAACUCACACAGCUAGAAGAGGUGAUGAACGCUUCCUUUAAUGGAGAACUUGGGGUGCGCGCGCAGGUGAAGUACCACGCUCGUUGUUUUGAUUCGAAACGUUUUCUGGCCAAGCCCCAAGCAUUCGAAUGGAUCGACUUUCAGCGCUUGAAAUGCGAAAGCGAGAAGCGCUGCCCAUACGAGCACCUACGAUGUCGCUCCCGCCGAGUGACCUUUGUGACAGAGCGCGAGGGCUUCUUUGAUGGGUUACAUUUUCAUUUGUUGGUUGAACUAGAUGAGUUCACUUCAAUUGACACCCUUGCAGAUGACACCACGUGGUCCACUACUUACGUGCGUCUCUUGGAAAAAAGCAUUUGGCUGUCAGCUGGAACACAGAUCGUUUGUGAUUGUGAAGCCAGAUCCGAGAUGGGUUCUGAACGAGACCGGUUGGAGUGUUUUUCUGUGAAGGUUCAUUUGGGAGAGCCGAAUGAACAAGAGGUGUCGUCCUUUUAUUGGGAAGGAUGCACCUGA